AUGGCUGCUGCAACAGUGUUGUGUUGGUGCAAUUCAGACUUGAUAAUUCAUGGCUCACGUUGUAGAUUAUUUGUUACGGAUAAGGUACUGAAUUUGAAUCAAUCAAUAGUGAAAAGUAGAGGAAGUUAUCGUGGUUAUCAAAAGCAGAAGAAGUUUUUUGUGUGUGCUGCAACUGAAGGGUCUGCAAAGUCUAGUAAAUCUGAAGAAACUAUCCCAUCUUGGGCUAAACCGGAUUCUGAUGAACCCCCACCAUGGGCUAAGGGUGAAGGCAAAGAGAUCUCAUCAAAGCAGAACAUUGAAGUUCCUUUUUUCGUUUAUUUACUUGCCUCAGCAAUUACUGCAAUUGCUGCAAUUGGUUCCAUUUUUGAGUAUGUGAAUCAGAGGCCGGUUUUCGGAAUUGUGAACUCAGACAGCAUUUUUUAUGCUCCAUUGCUCGGAUUCUUUACAUUUACUGGCAUUCCCUUUUCUGCGUUUUUGUGGUUCAAGUCUGUUCAAGCUGCUAACAAGGAAGCCGAGGAACAAGACAGGAGGGAUGGCUAUCGCUAA